AGCCCUAAAACUGGGAAAACAAGAGAUCUUAAUAAGCAUAUGGACUUAACACAAUUCAGACCAUGUCGGGCUCUCUUGCAACUAACGCAAGUGCAAAAUAUAUCUCAAACUGGAAACACUAUUCAAGCUCUAGCUCUAGUAGACAAUUUAGCACUAGCCUCCGAAGGAAUUUAA